UCUCCUCAACCGAUGUGGGAUUUCACAAUCCAUCUCCCUUCCUUCGGGGCUCAGCGUCGCGUCGCUGGCACACCUCCCGAUGUCUAGCUUUAAUACCAUUUAUAACAAGCCAAGCCCGAUUGCAUUUUCAAAAUCUUGAAGAGGAGUUUGAAAGGAAAAACCCAAGGAAGACAAUAUUAUAGGCGGUUAGAUUAAAAGCUAAGAGAGUGCAUUUUCAAAACCUUGAAAAGGAGCUUAAAAGGAAAAACCGAGGAGACCAAUGUUUUAGGCGAUGGGAAUUGCAUUUCAUGCAAAUGGUUUCAAGUUAGAAAUUAGUAAAUUUUAUCUGACAUCGUAAGAACCACUUUAGAUGGGUGACGGGCCAUCAUUGAUCCUUAAACGUUCAUACUUCUCUAUGAGAUUCAGUAAGGAAAAAGGAAUACUGAUGAGAUCUCACAGGUCUUUAUCUUAAACAUGCCAUCUCAAACGGUGUUGCCUCCCUUGUAAAUUUAUUAAGUUGGUUAAAAAUAGGAAUAUUGAAGCGAUAGAGAUUCGAAACCGAGACUGGAAAAGAGUACAGAAACAACAAUAAAGUAAGUGGUCAAAGGCCUGUGUCUGUACGUAGAAGCAAGUUAGAUUGACCAUCAGCAGUCCAUAUGUAACCCACAUGACAACACACCCACCCACCUCCAUCAUAUCUCACAAAUCCAUGGCUUCCCAUCAAACUUCACACCAGCGCCUCUUAUCACCUCCGCCUAAAAUGGAUCUCCACCGUAGAACCCAACCCACCACCCCCGCCGCCGCCACCACUGUCUCUCCACACCCAACAUCACCAAAACUAGAUCCCAUAACCCCUUUAUCCGACUCAGACAACUUGUCAAAAUCACACCCACCUUCUCCAAAAGUCGUUCCUGUUUCUCUUCACUCCAACCCCAAAAUGGUCGGCCCCAGAACAGUCCAUAAACAAGCCAAAAAACCCAACGAAACCCCUCGCCAGCACUCCACCACUGAGAAAUUCAAUGAUUCUGAAGAGAAAUUCGAACGCAUGAUCAACUGUAUCACCACCAAAGAAAGGGAAAUGAAACAGCUCCUAGUAGACCACCAACAUCUCACUCGCAGGCUCUCUGUUUCUUUGUCUUCUUCACGGAGUGGAAGAAGAAAAUCUAUCUGUGGCUCACAGAUUCAGCUAGCAGAGUUGUUCGCCAACAAUGGGGUCAAAGUGGUUUCCGCCGAUAUGCCGCCAUUUAUGCAGAUCCACGCCGUCGAUUGCGCUAGAAAGGCCCACGACAGUAUGGAAAAAUUCACUUCCAAAUCGCUGGCGUUGAGUCUCAAACAGGAAUUCGAUGGGGCAUACGGGCCGGCAUGGCAUUGUAUUGUUGGGAAGAGUUUUGGAUCAUUUGUGACACAUUCAGUGGGUGGAUUCCUGUAUUUUUCCCUGGCUCAAAAGCUUUACAUUCUGCUCUUCAAAACCACUGUACUAAGAGCCAAUUAGAAAUAAUACUGAAUCACUGACCACGUUUUGUUCCAACAAUCUUCAUAUUAUCUUCUUUUGUUUA